GAAUUCAUCAAUCGGCAACAAACAGCAAUUAGCCUCACCUGCGUCAAACGCUUUACUCUUUAAUCAGUGACUCUGUAAUUACACUGAAAAAACAGAAAUGGAGAAUGUACACCUGGCUGUAGAGGAUGAUGAUCUUUAUUCGGGGUACAACGACUAUAAUCCAACAUUUGACUCCGAGGAGUUAGAGAAUGAUGUGGGCUUCCAGCAAGCCGUGAGGACCAGUCAUGGCAGACGACCCCCAAUGACUGCAAAAUUUCCUGGCACUGCCAUUGGGGCCCGGCCUUUAGUGUCCUCCUUUGGAUCUCGAAUCCCCAUGGCCUCCUCAAUGGGCAGACCCAUGACUGGUGCAGUACAGGAUGGAGCAGCUCGACCAAUGACUGCAGUCAGAGCAGCAGGUUACACCUCCUCUUUAACCCGAGGUUCCACCUUUGACCCUCUGGGACAGUCCAGAGGCCCUGCACCUCCACUUGAAGCAAAAAAUGAAGACGCGGCUGAGGAAAAGAUCAAGAUUCUGGAGAAGAAAGUGAAUGACCUGAUAGAAGAGAGCUGCAUGGCACAGAGCAUGGGGUCCUUACAGCUGGCUCUUGAAAAAGCCAAAGAGGCAGGUAGAAAAGAGAGAGCUCUGGUGAGACAAAGGGAACAGUCUGGAAAUGGAGACCACAUCAAUUUAGACCUCACAUACUCGGUUCUGCUCAAUCUUGCAAACCAGUAUGCGAACAAUGAAAUGUACACAGAGGCUCUGAACAGCUACCAAGUUAUUGUGAAGAACAAGAUGUUCAACAAUGCAGGUCGCUUGAAAGUCAACAUGGCCAACAUCUACUUCAAGCAGAAGAACUACCCCAAAGCCAUUAAGUUCUACCGAAUGGCACUAGAUCAAAUUUCCAAUGCUCACAAGGAAAUGAGGAUAAAGAUAAUGCAGAAUAUCGGUGUGGUGUUUGUCCGCAUGGGCCAGUACACUGACGCUAUUACAUCUUUUGAGCACAUCAUGAGUGAGAGCCCCAACAUCAAGACAGGUUUCAACCUCAUCCUGUGUUACUACGCAAUUGGUGAUAGAGAUAGGAUGAAGAAGGCCUUUCAGAAGCUGAUCUCGGUUCCUCUGGGCAUUGACGACGAGGACAAGUACAUCCCUUCAAAUGAUGACGCCACCUCAAAUAUGGUCAUUGAAGCCAUUAAGAACGACAAACUUCACCAGAUGGAGAGAGAUCUAAAAGUCCUGGCUGAGAAGUACAUCAUGACUGCAGCCAAGCUCAUCGCUCCGGUCAUUGAGUCUUCUUUUGCGACUGGAUUUGACUGUUGUGUUGACAUGGUGAAGAGUUCACAGUAUGUUGAACUUGCCAAUGAUCUAGAGAUAAACAAAGCCAUCACCUACCUCAGACAAAAGGACUUCAAUCAAGUUGAGGCAGUAGAAACACUGAAGACAUUUGAGAAGAAGGACAGCAGAGUAAAAAGUGCUGCAGCCACAAACCUGUCUUUCCUCUACUUCUUGGAGAAGGACUAUGACCAGGCUGACCGCUAUGCUGACCUCGCCAUGAAUGCUGAUCGCUACAACCCAGCAGCACUCAUCAACAAGGGCAACACAGUGUUUGUCAAACAAGACUAUGAGAAGGCUGCAGAGUUUUACAAAGAGGCACUAAGGAAUGACUCCUCCUGCACAGAGGCCCUUUACAACCUGGGUCUGACCUAUAAGAGACUGCACCGUUUGGAGGAGGCUCUGGACUGCUUCCUGAAGCUUCAUGCCAUACUGAGGAACAGUGCCCAAGUCAUGUACCAGCUAGGACACCUUUAUGAGCUUCUGGAGGAUCCACAGCAGGCCAUUGAGUGGCUGAUGCAGGUCAUCAGUGUAACACCCACCGACCCCCAGGCUUUAGCCAAACUGGGAGAGCUACAUGAUGGCGAGGGGGACAAGUCUCAGGCUUUCCAGUACUACUACGAUUCAUUCAGGUACUUUCCAUCCAACAUAGAUGUGAUUGAGUGGCUCGGGGCUUAUUACAUCGAGACGCAGUUCUGUGAGAAGGCCAUUCAGUACUUUGAGAGAGCCACACUCAUACAGCCGACCCAGGUGAAAUGGCAGCUAAUGGUAGCAAGCUGUUACAGAAGAAGUGGAAAUUACCAGAAAGCUCUGGAAACGUAUAAAGAUAUCCACCGCAAGUUUCCAGAAAAUGUGGAAUGUUUGCGUUUCCUGGUGAGGUUGUGUACAGACAUGGGCCUGAAGGAAGUCCAAGAAUAUGCCACGAUGCUGAAGAAAGUAGAGAAGCUGAAGGAGAUACGAGAACAGAGGGUGAAAUCUGGACGUGAGGGCAGCGCCAGAAGUCGGAGAGAAGGCAGCGCAGGAAGUAGUGCAAGCAUCUCAACAUCUGCCCCCACCUCUUCUAAAAAGACCAGCACUAUGGAGGUGGAUGUCAAAGCAGUAUCACAGUCUGAGACCAAACAACUGAGUCCUCACUUGGAUUCAGGGAGAGAGAGUGGCCACAGCAGCAACAGCAUGAAAGGAGAAAGACUAAGCGCAAAGAUGCGGUCACUUCCUGGGUCCAAUGAACCAUAUGAAGCCAGCAAUCCUAAAGAACUUGACGCCUCAUAUGUGGAUCCGUUGGGGCCUCAGAUGGAGAGACCCAAGACAGGGGCCAAGAAACGAGUGGAUGAUGACGACUUUGCAGACGAAGAGUUGGGAGACGACCUGCUGCCGGAGUAGCUGCUCCUACAGGAACAUGCUCUGUCAUCACCUUUAAAAGGCACAAACACAAAGCUUCACCACACAACCAAAACACUAAAAAAACAGGUGUUUUUCCAGAUAAACACUUUAUUUAUACUGCAGAGACUUGUUUAUCUCAGUUGUCGAGUGGUGAGAUACGUUUUCCUCCAUCACAUUGGUCGGGUUUGCUUCACCGCUGAGUCAGAGAAAAUAUAGAUGUUUAUGAGUAUCUAUGAAUAGAUAACCACAUUCAGCGAAGGAAUGCACUAUAUAAUACAUAUAACUAUGUGUGUGUGUGCGUACAGGUGUGUGUGGACUGAAUGUGAAUCUGUGGCUAAGACAACUGGCUCCAGUAUGGUUUGUGUUGUUACUUGUACUUUUUACAAAAUAAUAGAUAUUAAAGUUUAUUAAUAUUUUACACACUG